UUGAGAAGAGUCGAGCGAGAGAGAGAGAGAGAGAGAGUAAUUGAGUCUCUCACAUGGAAUCCAUCGAAGCUCUGGUAGCGCACAUUCAAGUGCUCUCGAGUAGCGUAGAUGAUAUUUCUCAUCUUCACAACCUCUUAAAACAGGCCGAAGAAUCUCUCCAAUCUCAGGCAUCUCGAUUAGCCCCUUUUUUGGAGCAGCUUGACCCUUCCAAGCAUUCUCUCGGCUAUCUCUACAUAUUGGAAGCAUAUACUUCUGCUCCGAUCCAGACAGAGCAAGCUAGUGAGCUUACUGUUUCCAUUGCGAACUUCAUCAAUUCUUGCUUGGCAGAACAGAUACGGUUGGCACCUGAUAAAUUUACAUCUGUGUGCAAGAGGUUCAAGGACCAAGUUUUGUUGCUUCAAGCACCAAUACAGGGUGUAGGUCCUUUGCGAACAGCUGUCAGAAAGCUGCAACCUUCUUCUGAACAGUUAACUGCUUUGCAUCCUGAUUUUCUUCAACUUUGCUUACUGGCGAAGUGCUACAAAACCGGUCUAUGUGUUUUGGAAGAGGAUAUCUUUGAGGUGGAUCAGCCAAAGGAUUUCUUUCUUUACUGCUAUUAUGGGGGGAUGAUAUGCAUAGGACAGAAGCUUUUCCGCAAAGCUAGGGAGCUUUUACUCAAUGUUGUUACUGCUCCUAUGUCAACCACAAAUGCUAUAGCUGUUGAAGCAUACAAAAAGUACAUCUUGGUCUCACUCAUCCAUAAUGGGCAGUAUUCUACUACUAGUUUCCCCAAGUACACUUCUUCAGUGGCUCAAAGGAAUCUGAAGAACUUCUCUCAGCCUUAUGUUGAUUUGGCAAAUAGUUAUAGCACUGGGAAGAUUGUAGAAUUAGAGAGCUGUUUUGAGACAAACAGGGAGAAGUUUGAAUCAGACAACAACCUUGGAUUAGUAAAGCAAGUUGUAUCUUCUCUAUACAAGCGAAACAUCCAGAGAUUGACCCAGACAUACUUGACUCUUUCACUCCAAGAUAUUGCCAAUACGGUGCAAUUGAGUACUCCUAAGGAAGCAGAGAUGCAUGUGCUUCAAAUGAUUCAAGAUGGAGAGAAAUUUGCUACAAUCAAUCAGAAGGAUGGAAUGGUCAUCUUUCACGAAGAUCCUGAGCAGUACAAGACAUGUGAGAUAAUUGAGCAAAUUGACUUAUCAAUGCAAAGAAUGAUUGCAUUGUCGAAGAAACUGAACACUGUGGAUGAAUUUAUCUCAUGUGAUCCUAUCUAUUUGGCAAAGGCUGGGAGGGAGCGGCCCAGAUUUGAUUUUGAUGACUUCGAUGCUGUACCCCAGAAAUUCAACAUGUGAACAUGCAAGCCUAAAUUGUAUAUAUUUGCAGAUUGCUCGAGUUGUGAUUAGUUAUUGAAGAAAUGAGAUGUAUGCUACCUUGCUACUGCUGAAGGCAAUGCAAGGUGCCGUUCUCGAAUUAGUCCUUUAGCUGUAAGGGCUGUCUUAUUUCUCGUUUUAU